UUUCUUGUUUUGCCCAACGUAACCUUUUUCAAAUUAUUAUAAACAAUAUAAACAAAGUAUUUCCAUUUUCAUUUUGUUAGUCUGGCAUGUGUAGAUAAUAUGUAUAUGUAAACUACAAUUCAAAUUUCGUAUAGCACAACGGUAACAAACGUGAUAACGUCUUUCUUAUUCUUUUAUAACCUUUAACAUUGUAUAUUUUGAUAAUUAUUAAAUUUACUAUUUUUCGGUAUUAAUGAAUUUAUAUUAUAUUAGUUGUAAAUAUUAUUAUGACUAACUACGCCACGGAUAAACAAGAGCGUUAUUUUUUUUACAAUAGUCUAGCAAUUCUGUUAAAAGCUGUCGAGGGCGAACGUACAAUUGUUGAUUUACGUAAUGAAGCAUCGAUUUAUGGUAUCAUAGAACAAGCCGACGGAUUUAUGAAUAUUAUUAUGAAGGAUAGUAUAUUUAUUGAUCCGAGAGGUGAUAAAUUCUCGUAUGAAAUUUUUUUUAUUCAUGCACGAAAUAUCCGUUAUGUACAUAUUCCCACACAUAUACGAAUUGUACCAUCCAUUAAAGAACAAUUAAAAAAAUUGGGUCGACCACGCAUGACAGAAUUUCCUAGAACAUUCAAAUCCAAACGAGCUGAAAAAAAUCAAGCUUUAGAUAUGGCUGCUGUUAAUAAGAUAUUGGAAAAUAAAGAAGAAAAUAAGUCUAAUCCUAGUGGAAGUAAUACAUAAUACUGAAUUUCAUUUAAUUUAUAUUUCAUUUUGA